UAUUGAGGAUUAGAGGUAGAUCGUUUUAGAUGAUAUGGGAUGACUGAGAGGAAUUUUGAUGGAUUAUGGGGAAUAUAGAUGGAUUUGGUGAUCAAAAUGUAUAUAAGUGGAUUUGGGAUUAUUAGGAGGAUAUCAGGGCAUUUGAAGGAUUUCGAGGGAUUAAGAGGAAUAACGGGUAAUUUGGAUGGACAUCGACGGAUUUGGAGGGAUUCUGAGAUUAAGGGGGAUGGGAUAUAGGGAGAUUUGGGGUUGAUAUCGUCGGAUUUGGAGGGAUCGUGG